CUUUUUUUUAUCGUAGAGACCGCGGAGGCAAGCUGCCCGGUCGACGAAACUCGCUCGAUUUCCAUCAACAAUCAGCACCCGUUUUCAUGUCUAGACUGGCGGACGCAAAGUGACAUCUCCACUCUCAGACCAUGGACGUACACAGUUUUGGUGUGGAGCCCAUCACUUGCCACGCAUGGAACGAGAAUCGCACAGAGGUGGCACUGUGCCCCAACAGCACGGACGUGCAAAUCUACAAGCGAGAGGCGAACGGAGGUUGGUCUCGGGGGCAGACGCUCAGCCGGCACGACCUUCGAGUGACCAGCAUCGACUGGGCACCGCAGAGUAACCGCAUCGUGACCUGCGCUGCGGACCGCAACGCGUACGUCUGGACCCUGGGCUCGGAGGAACCCGGCACCAAUGCCACAGUGUGGACCCCUACCUUGGUGCUGCUGCGGAUCAACCGUGCGGCCACCUGUGUCCGGUGGUCUCCCAGCGAGAACAAGUUUGCGGUGGGCUCUGGUGCCAAGCUGGUGUCGGUGUGUUACUUUGAGGAGGACCACAACUGGUGGGUGAGCAAGCACAUCAAGAAGCCCAUCAAGUCGACCGUCACCUCGGUCGACUGGCACCCCAACAACUGCCUGCUGGCCUGUGGCUCCACCGACUUCCGCACCAGGUGUUUUCCUGCGUACAUCAAGGAGGUGGACAGUCCUCCCGAGCCAACGCCCUGGGGUGACAAGACUGCCUCAUUUGGGAGUCUAGUGGCCGAACUGUCCGCGAGUGGCAUUGGCUGGGUGCACUCGGUGUGUUUCUCGGGAGACGGCACCCGGCUGGCCUGGGUUGGACACGACUCGAGCAUAUGUGUGGCGGACGCCCAGCAGGGGCAGGCCAUCAAGUUUGUGCGCACGCAGUACCUGCCCUUUCUGUCCUGCCUCUGGAUCUCACCCACGAGGUUGCUGGUUUCCGCUGCCCGUGCGCGUAGCGAGCCGUGCAAAAAGUGUGGAAGCCUCGAGAAAGUCGUUUGCCACCCGACGAUGCCAGUGACGGUGCAGCACGUGUGGCAGGCAAAAGAAUGCCAGCAGACGAUGUAG